AUGGUGACACUAUGCAGGGGCCUCCUUCGAGUGUUGCUCCUGCUGUACAUUAUCCUGGCCAAGGUACCAUGGGCACAAAGUGUAGAUGUUUGUAAAGGAGCAGAAGAAACCUUAAGCAAAUUUUGGGAUACCAUAGACAGAGCAAAGCAUGGAGAUGUGAUAUUAAUAAACAUCAAAAAUUAUUAUUGUCCAGCAUGCAACCGAUACAUUGAUGUGUGGAAUAAAUUGGAGGAAGAAAUAAAAAAUUACGAAAGUAAUGUUACUCUGUUUGUAUUUGACUGCUCAUGCCCUUUGUUUGUGCCAUACUGCAGAUUUUUUAAGGUGCGUUAUUAUCCGACCUUUCGAUUGCUCCACCCAGUGUAUGAUUACAUGGAGAAUAAAGACACCGAGUAUAAAUACAUAGCUCCCAAAACAGAAAUGGUUGAUAGACAGUACAACAGAGAAUUGCUCCUGGCUUAUAGGGAAGUUGAUAGAGUGAACAAUCUUGUACAGUUCCAAAGAAUGAUGCAAACGCAUUUGUGCAAAAACGUUAACUUUAAUCACAUCGAUUUGAAGUCAUGCUACGCCGAUGUACCACCAGAAGAAGAGUCUCAUGAGUAUUCCAUGUUUAUAGCCUCCACGAAUGGAGCCAUAGGGGGAAUCACAGAAAAAGAAGGUGCUAGUGCAAAUCGAAUGGCUAUCGAAAGAUGGAAAGGGAUUACCUUUACCAGGGAUGAAUUAAAGCACGACAUUGUAAGGGGUAUACUUUUCACUUUGAAGAAAAAUAUUUCAUUAGGGUUAGAUGUAGAUAAAACUACGGUGGAACCUUUUCUAGUUAUGACAGAGAUCGUUUCUGACAUGUACCCCGAACUGGCCGAGUGGCUAGGCAACCUUCGUCAGAAAGUGGACUCGCAGGAAUACCCACUUAGUUAUGAGCAGUGGUCCAAGGUGGUCGACGAGCUUGCAGGGAUAGAGAUCGGAACUACCUUCAGUAAUGAAGCCGAUCUGCAAAACCUCCUAGGAAGCACCCCCUGGAAUGAGCCCAAAUUCAAAGUGUGCGAAGAGAACUCCGUUCUCUGUUCCUAUUGGCUGCUUUUCCACAAAAUAUCGGUGCACUGUCUAAUUCGGGACAAGGAAAGGUACCACUUCUACAUUAACGCAUUAACAAACUACACAAAAAGCUACCUUAACUGCGAAAGUUGCAUACAGCACUUUGUCACCGCACAAGAGUCAUGCUACUAUGGGUUCUGUAACAUUCACUCAGCCGAAUCAUUGGUUAUCUUCCUAUGGAGAAUACACAACGCAGUUACCUUGCGUUCUAUGUACGAAGCAAUAAUUCAAGAGAGGCAAGUUCAAGGAGGAAGGCAACCGCAACUCACAGAUGGUAAGAUAGAAAAGGGAACAAAAUUUCUCAACAGAGAUCUAGCCUUCCCGCCGGAGAAGCAGUGUAAGUUCUGUAGAAAUGGCAUUGGCUUUACAAGAAUUACUGCACCGUUUAUUGCGGAUGCGGUAAAACAGAAAUCUAUUAGUGACAGAGAUUUUGAUGCCAUCGAUGGGUUCAGCGUCAAGCAAGUUUUGAACCAUCUCGUGAAGGUGUACUCCUAG